CCUUCACUCCUCUCCCUGUCUGUCCAGCACAGCAAAGGCAUGGCAAGCCGCUCCUACCGCAUCAGCUCGGGCCGCGGGGUGAGGAACUUCAGCUCCUCCUCUGCUGUGGUGCCCAAGCUGGGGGCUUACAGCUGUGUCAGUGCCAUGGCCCACCGUGGGGGUGGUCCUGGGGGGCCGGGCUACAGACUCCUUGGGGCCUUUGGCAGCAGGAGCCUGUGUGUGGUGGGCUCCCCCAGGGUGGCAGUGAGUCGCCGAUGGCCCAGUUUUGGCUACCGGGCAGGGGGUCUUUGUGGGCCCAGUCCCCCCAGUAUUACCUCUGUGUCAGUCAACGAGAGCCUGCUCACGCCCCUCAACCUGGAGAUCGACCCCAACGCGCAGUGCGUGAAGCACCAGGAGAAAGAGCAGAUCAAGCACCUCAACAACAAGUUCGCUGCCUUCAUCGACAAGGUACGUUUCUUGGAGCAGCAGAACAAGUUGCUGGAGACCAAGUGGCAAUUCUACCAGAAUCGCAAGUGCUGCCAGAGCAGUCUGGAGCUGCUGUUCGAGGGCUACAUCGAGACCCUGAGGCGGGAGGCCGAGUAUGUAGAGGCUGACAGUGGGAGGCUGGCCUCGGAGCUCAACCACGUGCAGGAGGCGCUGGAGGGCUACAAGAAGAAGUAUGAAGAGGAACUGGCCCUCAGGGCCACAGCUGAGAAUGAGUUUGUCCUGCUGAAGAAGGACAUAGACAGUGCCUAUCUGUGCAAGGCAGACCUAGAGGCCAAUGUGGAGCCGCUGAGGGAGGAGGCCAUCUUCCUGAGGACCCUCUACGAGGAGGAAAUCCUCAUCCUUCAGUCACAAAUCUCUGAAACCUCAGUGGUGGUGAAGAUGGACAACAGCCGGGAGCUCAAUAUGGACACUGUCUUGGCUGAGAUCAAGGCUCAGUAUGAUGAUAUUGCCGGCCGCAGCCGGGCUGAGGCCAAGUCCUGGUACCAAACCAAGUGCGAGGAGAUGAAGGCCACAGUAACCCAGAAGAGUGAGAACCUCUGCAAAAGCAAGGAUGAGUUCAACCAGCUGAACCGCAGCAUCCAGAGGCUGACAGCAGAGGUGGAGAACGCCAAGCAGCAGUGUUGCAAACUCGAGGCUGCCAUAGCCGAGGCAGAGCAGCAGGGCGAGGCAGCCCUGAGCGAUGCCCGCUGCAAGCUGGCUGAGCUGGAGGGCGCCCUGCAGAAGGCCAAGCAGGACAUGGCCUGCCUGCUCAAGGAGUACCAGGAGGUGAUGAACUCCAAGCUGGGCCUGGACAUCGAGAUCGCCACCUACAGGCGCCUGCUGGAGGGCGAGGAAAACCGGUUGUGUGAAGGCGUGGGAUCAGUCAACAUCUGUGUAAGCCGUUCCCACGGUGGCGUGGUCUGCGGGGACCUCAGUUCCACUGUCUCUCGUGGCCUAGGGGGCAUGGCCAUCGGUGGAGGUGCCUUGUGCUCCCCUUCUGUAGUGGGGGCCUGUUCAAGUGCAAGAUCUAUGCGGUUUGCAUAGACGGGUGUGGGUCUCUGGAUGGAUUGGGUCUCUGGGGGGCACUGGGUUUCGAGGGGCAAGUCUUUUUUCUUAUGGCCCAAAUGUCAGUUUAAUAACUUUCCAUUUCAGGAGUAUAGAAGUAAUUCUCCAGUUUCCUUCUUAUUAGAGUUGUGAUUAUUCAUCAAUUGUAAACCUUGGGUUUGGCAGGGAGGUAGGUAGAAGCAUGCUUAGCAUAUGGGAGAGUCCUCAUGCUCUGCCCUCAGAUAAGAGGGGCUGCAGAUGCUGCCUCACAUGGUAGGGGUAUUGGGGGAUGUGGGACUAGGGUUACAGGGAAGCCUCUCACUUGAUCUGAGAGAUUGGAUGUUCCCUGAGCCCCUUACUGGGCCUCUUAUGUAUUCAUAUAU